UCAGUCAGUUAUCCAGCCAGUGGACAGGCGGGCUGUCAUCUUCCUGGGCGACUGGUCAACUUUUUAUUUAGCCCCAUGAAGCCGCUGUCAAGCUAGUUUUGCGGACCUGCUCCUGCCAUGGAACCGAGGGAGAGCAGGCUCGUGUUGUGCGGCUCAGACUAAAGCCAGUGUUUGACAGAUCGGUGGCUAGCUAUGUAGCUAGCUGGUCAUCAUUAACGGCGGUUGAUGCAGUGAAGCCCAGCGUCAGUCGGCAAGACGUAUCCCAGCCGGAGACAGUUUGGAAAUUGUGUUUUAUAACUUAUGUGUUUUUACACUUAUCGGAAAACGUUGUCAGUCAAAGGAACAACGCCAUCAUCCAAAAAAAAAGACGUGAUUUAAAAGGUAAAGAGGCGAGGGAAACGAACGUUACAGUCAAGCUACACUGGCAACGGAUGUCCUAGAGAACGGAUGCGUGAGGACAUGUCCACCAUGGUGUGUGUGAAGGAGGAGGAGGACCCUGGGGAGAAGCUGUCCCAGGAUGAGAUCAUCUCCAGGACCAAGCAGGUGAUCCAGGGGCUGGAGGCCCUGAAGCAGGAGCACCACUCCAUUCUGGAGGGCCUGCUGGGCACUCUGCGUUGCCUGAAGCAGGAUGAGGAGGGCGUCCUGGUGGAGGAGAAGUCCCACAUGAUCCGCAAGUCCCUGGAGAUGCUGGAGCUCGGGCUGAGCGAGGCACAGGUGAUGAUGGCGCUGUCGAGCCACCUGAGCUCAGUGGAGUCAGAGAAGCAGAAGCUGCGGGCUCAGGUACGCCGGCUCUGUCAGGAGAACCAGUGGCUGAGAGACGAGCUGGCCGGGACGCAGCAGAAACUGCAGAAGAGCGAGCAGAGUGUGGCCCAGCUGGAGGAGGAGAAGAAGCACCUGGAGUUCAUGAACCAGCUGAAGAAGUACGACGAGGACUUGUCCCCAUCCGAGGAGAAGGACUCUGACUCCAGUAAAGAGACUCUGGACGAUCUCUUCCCAGAUGACCAGGACGACCAAGCCCCAGGCAUCCAGCCGAGCCACGGCAGUGCUGCGGCGGCAGCUGCCCAGCAGGGAGGCUACGAGAUCCCAGCCCGUCUGAGGACCCUCCACAACCUGGUGAUCCAGUACGCCUCCCAGGGCAGGUACGAGGUGGCUGUGCCCCUCUGCAAGCAGGCUCUGGAAGACCUGGAGAAGACCUCUGGACAUGACCACCCAGAUGUGGCCACCAUGCUCAAUAUCUUAGCCCUUGUCUACAGGGAUCAGAACAAAUACAAGGAGGCAGCCAACCUGCUGAACGAUGCUCUGGCCAUCAGGGAGAAGACUCUAGGCAGAGACCAUCCAGCUGUCGCUGCCACCCUCAAUAACCUGGCUGUCCUGUAUGGGAAGAGAGGAAAGUACAAGGAAGCGGAGCCUCUGUGCAAGAGAGCGCUGGAGAUCAGAGAAAAGGUGCUGGGGAAGGACCACCCAGAUGUGGCCAAGCAGCUGAACAACCUGGCGCUGCUGUGUCAGAACCAGGGCAAGUAUGAAGAGGUGGAAUACUAUUACAUGAGAGCGCUGGAGAUCUACCAGACCAAACUGGGCCCAGACGACCCCAACGUGGCCAAGACCAAGAACAACCUGGCGUCCUGUUACCUGAAACAGGGCAAGUUCAAGCAGGCUGAAACUCUGUAUAAAGAAAUCCUCACCCGCGCUCACGAGAGGGAGUUCGGCUCUGUUGACGAUGAGAACAAACCAAUAUGGAUGCAUGCUGAAGAGCGAGAGGAGCAAAGCAAGGGGAAGCAGAAGGACGGCUCGCCAUUUGGAGAAUAUGGAGGCUGGUACAAAGCCUGUAAAGUCGACAGCCCCACAGUGACCACCACCCUGAAGAACCUGGGCGCCCUCUACAGACGGCAGGGCAAGUUCGAGGCGGCCGAGACUCUGGAGGAAGCUGCCAUGCGUUCCAGAAAGCAGGGUCUGGACAAUGUGCAUAAGCAGCGUGUGGCGGAGGUCCUGAGCGAGCCAGAAGCCCGUGAGAAACAGCGAAGCCGCGAGAGUUUGACCUCUGACACGGUGAAGUACGAGAGCGGGCCAGACGGUGGCGAGGAAGUGAGUAUGAGCGUGGAGUGGAACGGGGACGGCUCCGGCUCUCUGAAGAGGAGCGGCUCCUUCAGCAAACUGCGAGCGUCGAUCCGCCGCAGCAGCGAGAAACUGGUCCGCAAGCUGAAAGGCGGCGGCUCGUCCCGAGACAGCGAGCCCAAAAACCCCGGCAUGAAGCGAGCCAGCUCUCUGGGGGUUCUUAACGUGGCGGACAAGGCUGCGAGUGACCACUACCAAGAACGAAAUAAUCGUCUGAGGAAGAGUCGCGACCUGAGCGCCAGCCACACCGACCUGGCGCGUUGAAGGUUUGAUCGGACGGAGCCCGAGGGGUCAAACAUCGGACCCUCCUCCCUGUAAACUGCUGUGUGCGAAAGCUUCAUAUCUCCCACAUCGUACGUCAGCAUCACGCCACCAAGCGCUCGCCGUGUAGGUCUCAAUGUUUCGUUGCACUUUCGAAGGUUUGUGCUCUCAGAGGGGAUUCGUGGUGUUUUUUUUUAAUCAAUAUCUAUCGUGGAACAAGAGGAAAUAUGAACGAUGACCUGCUGUGUGUCGUGAUUUGAGUGUGUACAGUAGAUCUUUGUGUAUGUGCGUGUACUGUAUGUACGUGUGUGCAGGUGUGAGUGAUCGCCCUCUCAAAUCAGUCCUUUUUAAUAUUUAAUGCUGUGGCUCGAAUGAAGGCGGAUGCAGAGCGGAGCUUCGGUCUUACACACAUUUCUCUCAUAUAAUUCUUCAGUUUAAUCGUUGUGGGUGAAGCCAAAGAGCUGCAGACAUCAAGUUCAGCAACAGACUAAAUCCACAAUCUGGACGGUGAGAAGUGCUCAUAGAGUGCAGAUAAAUGCUGAAAUCACUGAGAGGGUUGAUGGAAGGGAAUGAAGGAGUCUAAAAACUGAACGAUUUGAGGAUGAUGGUUCAAAAUUUGUGGGAAACUUCUACUAAUAAACAAUUAUGAUGGGUAGCAUUACACAAUAUUCUUGUUUUUGAGAUGGUUACCAUAGGCGCGUAACCAUCCUCCUGUUUUUAUGCACAUUUUCAGUUUAAAAAAUUGAAAUAUCUUAAUGUUUUUGCGCUUGGCUGAGGUGGAAAAGUUUGACGUUUGGCUGGACUUCUUCUAAUUACAUCAUCCUGUUGCAAACUCUUCUUCUGCAGACAUUUAAUGGCACAUGAGUGGUGAAGAAAAUGCAAAUUAGGCGCAUUUUCAUUAACUGGUUUGGAGUGAAUAAGCUAUGUCACACAAAGCUAUAAAAACAGAGUAGAAGAAGAAGAACGUAGUCUGCAGCGAUUUGUUCUGUUUGGCUCAGGUGUAGUUUUUCAUGUCAGCUGGUGUUAUGGAAUAUCCGGGAAGAUGACAGCUUCUUCUUCUUCUUCUUCUUCUUCUUCUUCUUCUUCUUCUUCUGUGGGUUUUGUAGGACAACAGCUGAUCAGUCACAUGAGUUUUGUUUACGAACUUAUUCAUCAAAGUUGUGUCCAACCACCUCAAGCAAGCAUAAAAACUUUUUUUUUUGAAUCUCCAUCAAGCUUUCCGAUAUUUCAGCGUACGAACAGCUCGAUGGAAACACGAGUGCUGAAAGCGUUUGGCUUCACCCGCUGAGGUUUAACUCGAGCUCGUGGGAGCAGAUGUUUCAUUGACCGAAGCUGCCGACUCGGCACAGAACUCGUCCAGCGAUGACGUCUCUUUGAAGGCCGACCCGGACGUUAGCUUAGCUUUGCUUUGCGCUCGCUCUGCAGGUUUCCAGUGGAAGUUCUGAACUGGGUUUUGUUUGAUUCAUGAAGAAAAUAAGAUCUGUAGAUUCAUGAUGUCCACACACGUUGAGCUAGAAAAUCCUCACAAAUCAGCCGACGUCUGACAGCAUUUGAAGAACACAACUUGUUUUCUGCACAAGUUCUCCAAACCUUUAAGAGAAAACGGUUGGAAGCCUGUCGAGGGAGCUCACAUCUCAAACGCUCUUAACAUUUGUUUUCUUAAAUGUUCUGUCCUGCGCUGAUUGAAGAUCCUGCAGUUCUAUGUUUACAUUCGGGUUUUUGUAAAUUGUGUUUUUUAUUCGUUCGGCUGCUCUGAAGCUGCUUUCCUGAGCGUGGAGGUUUAGAAGUGACGGCCGACACAUUCUCAGGGCCGAGGCUGUAGUUUCACACACUGACUGCACACUUUCACACAUUAACAGCGUUUAAAUUCCAGCAGCUGCACAAACGUUACGGCAUUUUCACGUCCUUUUGUCACGACGACGCAGUUCUUAUUACAGUUAAGUUCCCUGAGAUUUAAGUUGCAAACGUUAAAUGUAUAUUUGCUGUUACCAAAAUCAGAUGGAGGGUUUCCCCUAUAGGUUCGAACUAGUUAGAUAUACAGACGUACAUAUCACUGAGAUUCAUUCUGAGCUGUUAAAACUGGAAUUAAUUUACUGGCCUGAUAGAAAUCUGACUUUAAUCUACGGAUGAAAACUCCUGUGAUGAACCCUGAAGGAUUAAUCCGGACAAACAGCUUCGUUUACGUCGUUAAAAUCUGUCAAGUUUGGUUCUGGUUUCACGAGCCUUGGAUUAAAUGAAGUUCACUCUGCACACAGUUCAUGCUCUGUUUAUUAAAGGGAACAAAGUGUGUAUUUAUCAUCGUAUUCUGGUGACAAGCUUGACUUUGAACAACAUACUGAAAACAGGAAAACUCUUAACUUAAAGCCCCGCCAGUCGAUACGUAAGUUCACGAUCAAGAGUUUAAAAUGAAAAUGAUCGGAGCAGCUUUAAGGCCGGUGUUACUUUAAACCUGUUUGAUAUAGUGCUGAUAGAAUAUCUGUACCAACAUUAAAGAACCCAACAUUUAACACCGCCUGUGCUUGAUAUAAAGGUGUUUCUUAUUUUUCAUUGAACUUGAGAAGCCAAACGUCUCAAAACUUUAACGUUUUCUAAAUUCAAACAAACAACAUUUAUUGAACUUGAAUUGAAAUAUGUGAUGAAGGAACUCGGCUGCAACUAAUUAACCUUUUAAUAAAUCAAUGAGUUGGUCUUUCAAAUGUCAAACAUCACAUGUUUGUUUCUGAAAGUCAUCGUCAGACUUCAUGACGUUAACGUGCCAGUCAGUGAUUGGUUGACGCUUCAGUCAUGAGGGAUUUUCACCGGAAACACAUCUAUUGAUUAUUGAUCAGACCUCCUCUCUAAUUCCUUUGCUGCGUCUCUCUCGCAGACGUCUCUUAGCGUCUUCGCAGGGUUGUGCAAUAAGCUUCUGUUUGACUUCAAGCUCGUUUGUUGGAUAAACUCGUCACAUCUUUCCGUCCUGAUCCUGGUUUGUAAAUCUGAUUGAAGUGAAUUAACACCUGAACCAAAGUGGAGAAUUUAAACGAAGGCUUUCAUUCCAAAACGUAACGCUGCAAAUCAGAUUUUUCUGCUUUUAAAAGAAUCUUUUCCCAAAUUAUAAAAAAAACAACCGUCCCCUGAAAUGUAAAUAGAAAAGGAAAGAAAAGAUUUGAUCACAUGAAAACUGUUCGUGCUCACUUUUCCCUCUGUGUCGGCAAUAAUUCAGUCAGAGUCGUCGAGGUUUUCUUUAAUGUUAAAUAUCUCAUUUUUGGAAUGAAGUUAUUUUUUUUGUCUUUGUAACGAUGAUUUUAUUGACACUUUGUCGAGUGUGUUGAAGCUUCUUGGUGACUGUUGAUCAGUCUGCUCGUCAGCCUGCUUUGUGCUUGUGUUUUCUUUUUUUUCAAAUCUUUAUUGUCUUCCUGCAAAGUAACGAGGCACAUAACUUAAUGUCUGAUGAACCGAGCGACACUUUGAGCAACGUUUCACAGCAGCAGCGACGGGUGACAAAAGUGACACUAAUUUAAUGUUUUGAGGAUAAAAUGCAAAGUAGCUUCGUUUAAUUUAAAAAUGGAAAUUAACACUUAUCUACAGACGACUCUAUUUAUGUGGUUUGAAUUUUUCAGGUGGCAAUUUUAAGUUUUGCGAUCUCUUUCUGGUCUUUAAAGUUUUAACAGCUUGAAAUUCAGUUUUUGAAUUUUUCAACCUGAUUUUUUUUUACUGAUUGUAAACUGACAAACUGAAUUAAAGCAACUUGAAUAUUUUUUCAUAAGUUCAUAAGUUCCAAUAGAUAGUUCUAAAUAUAUAUAUAUAUAUAUAUAUAUAUACAAAAAUAAAACAUUAUUAAAUGCUAUAAAUUCAGUGGUAUUUAAAUCUUCACUUUAAGCAUCAAAGCGUUUCAUCUUUUUGGCCUUUUUUCACUUCCAUAGUUGUAGACUGUUUAUUUAAUGCAAUUUAUUCUGGUAAAAAGUCAUUUGUCAGAAAAAGCAACAUUUUCCACAUUUUUGUAGCGAUUUGUAAUUAUUUUAAAUAUUUGGUCAUUCUUUGUCUUCUGUAGUAUUUCCUGGUCUCUCUCUCGCUCUCUCUCUCUCUCGCUCUCUCGCUCUCUCUCUCUCUCUCUCUCUCUCUGUGUGUGUGUGUGUGUGUGUGUGUGUGUUCAUACGUCACCAUGGAAACAGUCUCUGUCACCGUUGGCUCAGCGUUGCUCAAACUGUUGCCGAGGACAAACUGCAGCAGACGGAAAACUCCAAAUCUGUCCUGAAACGACGGUUUGGAUUGGACAGAGGAGAUUUUUCAGAUUACGAUGACGUGAAUGUAAAUUUGUGGAUUUAUGGAAGCUCAGACAACAAUGAAGGUGUCAGCUGACUUCAUGUGUUGUCCUGUUAAAGCAGCGAAGGUCAAAGUCUCACAGUCCGUCCUCUGCUUGCAGUUUUAUUUCUGCUUGUUGUGUUUGUGUUGAAUCUGUGGAGCGUGUUGAUGUUAAAGUUCUUUAUUCUCAGGUUGAGACAAACAUGGUUUUGUAUCUGUUUCUGUAAAUUAAAGGGUUCUGUCUGUAGAUAGAGAACGUUUCCCUCCUUACACAACAUUAUUCAGCAUAAUAAAUAUCUAAUGUUCCUUUGAACUCCCCAAUGGUGGAAUGUAACUAAGUACAUUUACUCCAAUACUGUGCUCAAGUACAAUUUUGAGGUACUUGUACUUCACAUUUUCUGCUACUUUUCUUUUUCAGAGGUUUCACAGUCAAAAAGGUUUUAUUGAACAAUUUCAUUUUCAUGCUAAAAAUUAAAUAAUCAAACUGUUUGACUAUAUUCACAUUCAUGAAUCUUAUCAGCUCAUUUGUGGUAUUUUACUCAAAUAAAAUACUUUUAUUUGAAAAUCUAAUCAAAUUUCUGUUUAUUGUGUAAUCAACUCAUUGUUUAAAUUCUCCUACUGCAUAGUAAUAAUAAAACUGUAAUACUUUGUACUUCUACUUCACUGCUUGUCAGAGAGAAACUGCACUUGACAACUGUAGUUACAGUUACUUAACAUACGAAAACAUACAGCUUAAUAUAUAAUGCUUUGUCAUAAAUUCAACGUAAAUCAGAGUUUUAGUAUGAUUAGAUGAUGGUCCAUCCAUCCAUCCAUCCAUCCAUCCAUCCAUUUCCUUCCGCUUAUCCGGUGCAGGGUCGUGGGGGCAGCAGUCAAAGCAGGGAGAUGAUGGUGUGGAUUAAAUAUUAAAGAAUAAUAAAGCAAAAACCAGGUCACAGACCAGAAUUACUUAUUAAAGGCAUCUUUCACCUUGAAAAAGAAAAAAAAAGUUAAAUAUAAUUCAAAUUAGUUGUACACAGAAAACUGCACACAUUGAUGCAUCAGUUUGUGCUCUCAGUGAUGUCGGAUGCUGCACCUUCCUCAUCCUCCACAGCUCAGACUGCUACACUCACUUCUACAGGCUCGACCACUAAACACAAGGCGGGACGUCACAGAUUCACAUGUCCUCCAUUGUUUGUUUGUUUUUAUUUGUUUUGUGUGUGUGUGUGCGCACAGAAGACGC